AUUUGCGCGGACUGAAUUUCAAUAUUUAUUUCCCAAAUUUCUAGUAGAAUCUAACGAAAUACUUAUAAUUCUUUUUUCUGAUUUCUUAAAUCACUCUACUAAGACGCUCAACAUAGAUUUUUCAAAUCAGUUUUCAAAGUCAAAUAGGUACGUGUGCAAAAUUUCGUUCAAAUAAAGAACGGCCGAUAUUCGACGAUAAGUCAUUUGGCAUGGAAACAAAAUAUUAAAACUUCGAUAUUUUUUGCGGAAUUGUUCACUAGUUUUUAGUUUUAAAAGAUAAUUUUUCUGUGUCGCUUUUUGCCCCACGAAAAAUAAAUAAAAGAAAAAAUCCCUUUUUAUGUCAAUGAUUAGGAGGCUCGCUUUUGAUUGAGAUAUAUUCAAUAUAUUCUUCGGAUUUGUCCAUAAAAGGUAUAAAAAAGAUAUUUCCGUUUGAUGUUCUAUGCAUAAAUUACUGAAUAAAUCACAGUCCUACGUUGUCGAACUUAUACAUACAAUCUUUUUUUUUUUCAUCGUUUAACUUCGAUUGCAUUAUGUGAAAUGUUAUAUAUUUUUAUUUUCAUUAAAAUUUUAUGCUACUAAACAAUUGAAAUUCAUUGAAAUUUUAUGCCACUAAACAAGAAAGAUCGAAACGAAGGGGGAUGUUUCAGCUGUGGCGCAAUUAAUUAAUGUUCCGUGCCAAGUAAAAAAGGUCAUGUUCCUAUACAGAAACACCUGAUACUACCAUAGGCUUUUCGUGUAGCAGCAUACAAUAAUGUAUUCUAUUUGUCUACGUUUGUAUCGUAGUUUACUUUUGCACCAUUAAGACGUAGGUAACCUAUAGUAACAGGACCUGCUAGCAACCGUGUUUGUUAAGUGUAUCUAAUUGUGCUUCGAUCGAUAAGUGCUGUAUUUUUGACUUUUGCGUUCUCACCCAAUAAAGCAUAGAUUCAGCAAAGUAAUUCAAAAUAAAUUCUAAAUUCCAACGAAGAGAAAUGGCCCAACUCAACUGCCCUCCCUGUACUCCUUGUGCGAAUGUAUGUAUAGAACAUCAGCCAACUCAAACGUGCUCAUCGCUGAAAAGCAAAAAAAGAAAAAACCGUCAAUAUUUAUACACAUUCGAAGAAAGAAAAGUUCGUGCUAAUCCUGUUCGUUGGGGACAUGAAACAUCUUACGAAAAUCCAUUCCAUGUACAAGAGGAUUUGCAACCAAGUGAAACGGAAUUGCAAACUAGCCCAGUCGGGCUUUCAGCCAGUGAACCACCUUGCUAUUUACCACAGCAAAAUGGUAACUCAGACGUUCAUCCUUUAUCUAGGCCAAUGGGUCCCAUAGGUCCAUGGGCAACUGGCCGCAUAGAUUGGGGUUCCUUAUCUGGUCAAACUGGAACGCGUCCAGUGGUAGACCGUUAUUCCAUUACUCGAUACAGUGUUGACGAGUGGCGCCAACGGAAUGCUGAUACUAUACACGCAUGCGCAAACACAGUCAGUAAAAGCGAAAAAAUCGAGCAUGAUAGCAAACACAUCAUUGUCCGAACACACGCUAUCACCGAUAAAACUCAAUCCGCUUGCACAGAACAAUUGCACACCCGGGCCAGAACCAUUGAUGACAUGAAAAGCGAAUUGGAACGGGCAAUCAAGUCAAUGCAGGAUGAAAUCAGCACACUGGAAGAACAACGGCGCAGACUCAAACAGUCGCUCGGGGUUCUUCGUACACCGGAAGCAAUCGCAACUGAAUGCUUGGAGCGUAGAACUGGCAGACCUGAUACUGAGCUAAUUCGAGAUCGUCCUGAGGAAGAACUGAUUUGCGAAAUAGCUCUUAUAGCAGAAAUUCGAGCAAUGCUACUCAAAACAUUGUCAGAAAUUGAAGCUCAACAAGUGCAAAAUCGAGCCGCUCGACAGCGAAUGGAGUUUGAUUGGAGCGAUAAGAAGUUGGCUCAUGAGAAUGAUGCUAUAAAUUGCAACCUAACGAACAAAUCGUCUAUCACCAUGUUUCGCCCCGGAGCUACUCGAUGUCCUAAUGAACAGUCUACAGAAAUUUACUGGCAAAAGUUCAGUAAAGAAACUUUAGAGAUGUGCACUAGUUGCCGAAAGCAGUCUGAACAACUGCGUGCUACUUUGGAUGUUAUUCUAAUGAAUGCUGCUCGCGAUCUUCGUACACAAGCCGACAGUGUGGAGCGAGCAUUAGCUAACAGAAUAUCUUGCAUGGAAGAAAUUCGACAAAAAUUGGAGAUUGAUUUAAGAACGACAUUGCAACACCUCGCAGAUACAGAAAUUCAAAUAGAAAAACUAAAAGUUGCUAUAGCCAACAUGGAUCAUGCAAUGAAAGUUGUGCAAACACGUCUUGACAACCGCAAUCAACGCCCCAGAGUAGAGAACUGUCGUGACCAAUCACAAAUUUUGUUGAUAGCAGAGGUCAAAUCGAUUGAGGAUGGGCUUUCUGCUAUGAAUACACAACUCAGACAAGAGGAAGAUGUGAAGAACGAACUUAUGACUCGUCGCAGCGACUUAGAAAAGGAGAUUAUGAUGAAACGACGUACGAUUGCUAUAGAUCGAGAUCGUUGUCAACGUUUACGGGCUCAUUUUCCUUCAUCUACUUCUUUGAGCGGAUAUUGAAAUUUUAAAUGUGUUUAUUGUAGCAGUCCAUUAUUUACAAGUCUUGGAAUAUUGAUAAUCUUGUCAAAGCUCAAUUAUGCCAUUUCCUAAAAAAUAAAUCGGUCGACAUGA